AUGAGUACAGGGAAACCAUCAACACCUGUUGCGUCACCUAAAGCGGUAGCAUCAAAUACAAAAACUCCAUCUCCACCAAAUUCAACAACAAAGAAAAGAUUAUCAUUACGAACACCAGAUCAUUAUAAGUCUCCACUUUAUCAUGGUGUUACAUCACCAUUUGGUGGUUUAAAUUCAAAGAGUUCUGGGAAUCAUUUAGAAGAUAGUCACGAACGUAAAUCAAAAUUACAAAAAACUCCUCAAUAUUUUUCAUCUGCUAGAAAAUUAUUUGAUUCAUCCCCCACCCAUAAUGACGAGACUGAUGUCACGUCGAUAAGUUCACAACUCAAAAUGAAUUUAAGCAAUGCAUUGGGAAAAUUACAACAUAAUAAUAACGACCAUAAGAUAACAUUUACCGAAUUGAAAUUUGAUUCAGAUACUUCUCCAACCAAAAAACAGAAAAAUGAUUUAGGUGCAUGGACUCCAUCUAAUUCAACUAAAAGAACCAAUCUUAAUUUGAGGACACUAGAAACUCAAAAUUCACCCCCUUUCAAGAGUGAUGCAGUUUUGCAACAAUCACCAAUUAUAUUUCAUGAAAGUGAAGAGAAAAUACCAUCACCAGAUGAAGAAUCAAGUGCUCACAAUGCUUUAUUAGCUGCUUUAUCACGACAACAACGUAGAAAAUCAAGAUCAAGUUUUAAUAAUGGAUCAAAAAGAAAAUCAAUCGAUGAUACAUUACUGAAAGAUAUUAAAUUACCACCAUUAAAUAUUACAUUUGAAAAUCAACAACCUCCUAAAAAUGAACAAGAUGCUGUGUUAUCAUUAAUGUCAUUAUCUUCUCCACAACAAGUUAAAUUUUCACAUUCUAGAAGUCAAAGUUUAAAUGGUAAUGUAUCUCCAAUUUCACGAGCUUCUUCAGUUCAUUCACCAAAUAAGCAAAUUCCUCCUAUAUUACCACCAUUAUCAAAAAUGAUUAAAAGAAAUUCAAAUACAAAUAAUAACUCAAAUUUUCAAAAAGAUGAUGAUGAAACAGAUUUUGAAGCAAAUUCAACUGAUGAAACAGAUGAUGAGAAAUGA